UACUUAGAUCUACAUCCUUAACCGCGGCUAGACCGUUGUUGUUUUUUGUAUUUAUUUUGUUGUGCUUUGUGGAUACAUUUCUAACCUGAUGUCUUCACGGUGAACUUGAAUUUCUUAUAUUUUGUAUAUUUGAAUUAAAUAAUGAAUCGUGUUAUUUUAAAUCUCUAGGAGUAUAAAAGUACUUCGACUUACAAGCAGGUGGAAGGAUCUGUAUCAAAACAAAAUCGUUUUGAUAUCUCCGAUGUGCUGGUAGUUGUGUGUGAUACAGGGGGACACUUUUGUACCGACAGAUUUUUUUACAAAGGAUUUCUAUCAUUUCGGAAUUUAUUAUGAUACAUUAAAACAUGUUGCUGAUACAGUUGUCAGAUGAAAGUGUCUAUGAGAACAGUAGGUCCGAGGCUCUAUCCAGAUAUACUUGGGUAGACAUGCAGAACUACAGAGACCCACCUCCAUACCCAGGGCAUUCUAAACAGGUAUAUCCGAACCAGCCAGGAUUUCGUCAAAGCUUUUCUGGCAGUGAGACAAGCACAGAUGUGUCCUUGUCAUCCACUGAGAACCUGGCAACAUCACAGCGCCAAGAGCCUCAAGGUGAAGAAACUCAGACGACCUUCAACUACAACCUAGACGAUGGAAGCAGCUACAGCAUUUUAGAGCGGCUAGGAAUGCCACCAGGUGCUUUGGAUUCUGCUGGGAAGUUCCCUACAUCUGGCAGUGCCAACAGUCUUAGUGCCAUGUCUUCUUACUAUCAGGAAAGAUCUAAUCUUUGGUACCAGAGUGACCUAAGCACUGCUUCAACUAGUCUAGGGCUCUCUUCAUCCACCCUACCUGUGUAUUCAAAAGGACACUUAACAGUGCCUCAGUGGCAAUUGAACAGUGCCCAAUCUCAGAGAGACAGGAACUUUAGCUCUUCACAGAUUCGAGGGGCAACGCCUACCUCGGACUAUGUGUCGUCUGCUCACACCACAGAUGUCAUUUCCUCAUCGCAAUCUUCUCAUUUAAUGACCACGAGGUCAGGAGAGUACAGUUCAUACAACUCCACAAGUGUCAACAAAACAGCGACAGACCCUGCCAUUUCAUUACCACAUCUGUCCUCCUCGUCGUGCCAUCAGUACUUAUCUCCUCGUGUUCCCCCGGUGUCGACCUACCACCACCCGCACCCGUAUGUCAAUGCACACUGGACUGUGGGCAGUGGGGAUUCGAGCUCCAGCUCUCAUUCCUCACUGACCACCUUCAGUCACUCUGCGCCACUGCCCAGAUCGUCAUCUGGUACAAUCCCAACAACACACUCUGGUCACGCCACUCCCGUCUCUUUCAUGAACAGCCUGCCCCCUCCACCAGAGUACCCUGGAAAUCAAAGCAAUAGUUCACCAUUGGACAAAAAUACAGACAUUAGGUCUUGCAGAUCAUAUGAGACAAUGGAUAAGGUGAAUGUUCAAAGAUCCCACCCAGACCUUCGGUUGUGCUCAUCAAGUCCUGGUCUCUAUAAUCCUCAAGAAGUCAAAUAUCAAAGCCCACGUGGAAGUGGGAGCAAUAGUGCUGAUGAAACUGACCAGGUGACCAUCGCUGCUAAAGCCAGCCACAUGGUUGAAAUGCUGACAGAUGAGAAUCGGCUAUUGAGAGAGGAGCUUACCAGUUAUGCCAUCAGAGUUGCCAGAUUACAAAAGUUUGAAAUGGAAAUACAAAAAGUUCAUGAGUCCCAUAAAGCUCUGCUGAAGUCUGGAGAAAAGAGGGAAGCACUCUGGCUGGCCAUGAAGAGGAAGCUGGAGGAGAAGAUUCAAACUCUUGAGUCUCAGUCCACUGAUACUGGUAAGGCACCAAUCAGCACCACAGAGGCUGAGCUCAAAACCAAGAUGCUGGAGAAGGAUGCAAUGAUUUCCAAACUUUUAGCUCAAAGUCAAGAACUGUCUUUGAGUCGAGAUGAGCUAGAAGGGGAGAACACCCAGCUCACCUUAACAAUUACGGAGCUCAGGGCCCAUGUUGAAAUAUUUGAGAAUGCAUUACUGGCUGCACAGACUAAGGUUCUCACACUGGAAGAAGAGAAACAUGCUUCCAUGGAUAAACUUGAGCAGCUGCAGAAAGCACUGACCACUCUCCAGACUGCUUCUGAGAAACAGGAGAAAAAAGAGAGGGACAUGAGAGCACUCUUGGAAAAAGAGCUGGACAUGUACAGAGCUCAAGAAAAGGCUGGGAACCAAAAGAAACCUGAUGCUGGUAAAGAUGAUUUGAAAGGUUCAGGUACUCUUAGGAAAAUGCUUGAUGAAAAAGAUGCUAAAAUAUUACAGCUGGAAACAGAAUUAGCUGCAAUGGAGCAGAAGUAUGUCAAAGAGACAACACUGAGACAAUUGAAUCUAGGAGAAACUAAUCAAUCUUCCAAGGAUGUCAGACUGAGCUCUCUGGAGAAGAGCUCCUCUGAUGUAGGCAAGUUGAUAGAUGAAGCCAAAACAGAAAAGCUGAAACAUAUAGAAGAAAUGCAUCAUUCACAGAAGAAUGUUGCUGAACUUGAAGCCAAGGUUCGACAGCUUCAGACACAAUUGGUCGAGAAGGAUGCCCUCCUAAAAAUAUUUCAGAGAGCCCCUCUUGCCAUGGCUCGAAGUUCAAGUCUCCACGCACUGUGCCAUUCACCACUGCACUCCCCUCGCCCCUCUCUUCUUUCUUCUCAUUGCUGGCCUGGGAGCAACCAAUCAGCAGAAUGCUCAACCACCUCUAGCUCCACCUACAGGGAAUAUUCAACAAUUAGACACAUGAAGACAGGUAGUGCAGGAGCUGUGGAACUUGGUCAUAAAAUGGCCCUAGAUGAAGACUUGCUUUCUAAAGUUCAGAAUUUAAAUGCAGAGACAAAAAAUGAUUCUGAAGAUGAGGUUAAACUCUGGCAUGUGUGAAAAUGAAGAAAAAUGUUUCACAGUUUAAAUGGAGCUUGAAUUUCGACUAAAUUAAAAUAUAUUCGGCCCAGUAGUGUGAGCUCUCCGCCUUCGUUCCUGGAGGAAAAAUUAUCAAAUACCUUUCAUUCGAUAGCUUAUUUAUGUGUUUAUACAAUUUUGUCAUCUUUUAGGAAUUCAAUAUUCAGAACAUCAUUGUUUACAGUGAGUUUUAUUUAAAAAAAAAAACAACUUUUUUUUACAGAUAAAAAUGUGUUCAUUAACAAUUAGAAAUUGAACAAAAAAAUGACUAAGUUAAUUUAGCUAUUUAGUGGUUAAUCGCUUUUGUUCAUGCUUUUAAUUUAAGAAGUUUGUCUCUAACGGUACAGAAAAAUCAUUUUUGAAUCUAGUCUUUCCCAGAGAUUGUACACAUUAAAAUGUCAGUAAUGAAAAUAUUUUUUUCUCUGGCCAAUUGACUUUAAACAGUGGCAUGAUUAGUACGUAUUUUCAUGGCACUGCCACUCCCUAGAGUUUCAGUGUCAUGGAUUUCACUCAUGAUCUGUCUCCCACAGCUUGCAUUAUUUUACUGAUGCACACCUGGCAAUAGUAUUAUCAUACCCUGCAUUCUUGUGGCAGUAAUAUUUUUUCCACACAUAAUAAUAAUAAAGCUUAAUUAUUUGCUCCUUGAAAGAUUACUGUUGUAUAGAGACAUGAAUGACCCAGUCAGUAUUUUGUUAUGCUGUAGAAUUAUGUUCCUCAUGGUGAUAUUUUCAGCUGUGCAUCAUCUUAUAAAGAGAGCUCAGUACUUCUAUGCUAACCUGUAGACAAAAAAUGUUUCGUUUGUUUCAAACAAAAAAUAGAAACCAACGGUACAAGUAUUUGUAUAUUUUGUCAAAGUCUUUCAAAUAUAUUAAUAAUAUAUAGGCUACUUGAAGUAACUGUUCAAAUUAAAUACUUUAACAGCAUAACAGUAGCCUAUCUUUUUCGUAUCAUAUUUUGUUGUUUGUUUGAUAAGCUUUUCAAAUGAAAAAAAAAAGGCUAGUAUAAUUUUUUUUUUAUUAAGAAAACCAUCGGAUUGAAUGAUACAUUAUUUAAUCUUUGUGUUAUAUAAAAUUGAAUCAUCCCAUUGUUAAUAGGCCUACUUGAGUUAUGGUCUCUACAAAAUGACUUACAGAAGCCUACAGUCCAACUGUUAGUCAAUAUAAAGUGCAUAUAAACUGCUGUAUUCAUUACCUAUGUACAAUAAAGGCCUUGGAUGCCUUUUACUGGAGACACUUUCAAGUGUUCAUCUUUCAAAACUUGGCAUAAACCUUGUUUAAUGUCAGAAAUUAGGAUAGAGUCUGGUUUACACUUUCUAUUUUUUGAUGGCUCAAGAAAUGGUUAUAAAAUAGACAAAAUCAGUUCUUGUUUUUUUAAAGUUCUUACCUAUAAUAUUUAAAUGAUGUAAACCGGAAUUCCACCAGUACAUGAUUGACUCAUUCUAUUCCUUUCUCAGUACAAUUAAGUUUACUUUGGUGCCUCUUUACGCUCCUGCAUUGCAACUUCAUCUACUUCAUAAUUUCGCCUACUUUUAUCAGUGUUAAGUUUCUCUGUUAUUUGGUAUGAAAACAUUGUUCAUUAACAAAUUGUGUCUGCUCCACCACCAUUUCACUGAACAUUUCAAUGUUUUUGUUAUACUUCUGUUGAUCUGGUGCUAAUAGUAUGAAAUAAAGCAUUUACAUGAUACAUACUUCUGAUCAUUUUUUUGGCCAAAUAAUUAUGUAUUGAGAACCUUUAUCCAUGUUUUGUUUUUUUUCAAAGUGGCAUGAACCUGGCCAGGCAAACUCUCCAGGAUUUUAACUUGUGACAUUCACAUGUCCUAUAUCUUUGCAUUGUUUGCCUCCUAAUUCAGCCUUGAUUACAUGUUUGUUUUACUGACACUAUUUGGGUGAAGGUAAUUUGAAUAAAAUAUUGGCCUGAAAGUAUGGAGGAUUACAAACUUCUUAAUCAUUUGUGAAUAUUUUAUGAUACUUCAUUUUUUGAUCAUUUCAAAUGGAUUUUUUUUUUUUUGCUGUAGUCAUUGCUCACAGUUGGCACAAUGCAAAUGUGAAAUAACUUUGUGUGCAUUAAGUAACCUAUAAAUCUGGAUGCAAUUUAUUUUUGAUGACAAACUUGUUGAUUUUAUGCUAAAUGCGCAAUCACUUGUUUUCCCUACCCGGUAGUCAUAAGUAAUCCUAGCAUUAUGCACUUGUUGGUUUGAUGUUAACCCUGAUUACUCUUUAUUGGUGGCCUGCUUUAUGAAAUACUGCUGAUAUUUGUUUUAAAUGGUGAUUAGAGUUGGUUUGUUUUGAUAGGCAUAUUUGUGGACAUUGUUCCUAAAGCUGUUGCCUUCAUAUGAUAAUUUGGUGCAUAGUGAUGUUGUGUGCACUUUUCCAUAUUGUUUUAUAUUCAUUGUUUGUUAUUGCGAACAUAUUCAUAAAUAAAAUACGAACUUUUUUUUCAUGUUGAACUGUUGAAUGUAUCAAUGUCAUAAUUGUUCAUCGUUUUAAAGCCACGUCUCAUACCAACAAAACAAGUCUCAUUGUGCUAUUUAUUGUGAAGUUUUACAAAUAAUGUCUUUGCUGUUAUAAGUAUAACUUAUACAUAUUUAAACUAUAACUUUGUACAUAAUGUAAUACCUUGUGUUAGGUUUGGGUUAGUGCCAAGCAGAAUGACUUCAAAUGUACAGGAUUGUUUUUUUUCUUAAGUUCAAAGAAAUUGGCUGAGCUGUUUUUUCCUAUCAAUGAAAACAUUAGUCAACUCAAUGAUAAGUUAAUGUAAUAGUUUUGAGUAUUUAAAUAAAAUGGCCUGCUGUACAUAGUAUAAUGCCUUAGUCUUGCGCUGUUUUUCGGAUGUGACAUCCUGCGCUGGCCCUCAUUUUUUAUAUGUACAUAAUAAAACCAACAUGAACAUAAUUUAUUACCUGAUUAUGAAUGUCAGACCCAGCGCACCCCCCCCCCCUCCCACUUCUAGUUCCCCUUCCUCUUUUCCUUGUGAUGAUUCUGUACAACUGAUUUGUUUGUGUUUGAUAGAGACCUAAAGCCAAUGUAUGUAAUAUAUUUGUAUGAUUAAAUUAUUGAUGAUUGUCUAUAAUAAACUGACUUUUUAAAAAACUUAA